AUGGACAUCCGCGGAGCAGUGGACGCUGCUGUCCCCACUAACAUCAUCGCUGCCAAGGCGGCAGAGGUUCGCGCCAAUCUGGUCAACUGGCAGUCGUACCUGCAGAGUCAGAUGAUAUCCGCUGAGGAUUGUGAGUUCAUCAAGAAGUUUGAAGUGGCCAACUCUGAGGAAAAGCAGCUCAUCCUGACAAAUGAAGGACAUCAGUGUGCAAAGACCUUUCUCAACUUGAUGGCGCACAUCUCCAAGGAACAGACUGUCCAGUAUAUCCUGACUCUCAUUGAUGACACUCUGCAGGAGAAUCAUCAGAGGGUUAGCAUCUUCUUCGAUUAUGCAAAGAAGACAAAGAACACGGCCUGGUCCUACUUUCUCCCAAUGCUGAACCGCCAAGACCUCUUCACCGUCCACAUGGCGGCAAGGAUCAUCGCCAAGUUGGCUGCUUGGGGGCGCGACCUGAUGGAGGGAAGUGACUUGAACUACUACUUUAACUGGAUCAAAAGCCAGCUUAGCUCACAGAACCUACACGGUACAGGUCCAGACACUGGCUCGGCAACGGGAACUAUUUCCCCCAGCGAAAGCUCUCAGUAUGUUCAGUGUGUGGCCGGCUGCCUUCAGUUGAUGCUUAGGGUCAACGAGUACAGGUUCGCUUGGGUGGAGGCUGACGGGGUUAAUUGCAUAACGGCGGUGCUGAGCAACAAGUGCGGCUUCCAGCUUCAGUACCAGAUGAUCUUCUGUGUGUGGCUGCUGGCCUUCAGCCCACAGCUUUGCGAGCAGCUGCGGCGCUACAAUGUGGUGCCCGCGUUGUCUGACAUCCUCCAGGAAUCUGUCAAGGAGAAGGUCACUCGGAUCAUUCUGGCGGCCUUCAGGAAUCUACUGGAGAAGUCAUUGGAGAGGGAGACCCGCCAGGAGUAUGCGCUGGCCAUGAUCCAGUGCAAAGUGCUGAAGCAGCUGGAGAACCUGGAGCAGCAAAAGUAUGAUGACGAGGACAUCACCGAGGACAUAAAAUUCCUGCUGGAGAGACUUGGAGAGAGCGUACAGGAUCUCAGUUCCUUCGACGAGUACAGCUCAGAACUCAAGUCUGGCCGCCUGGAAUGGAGCCCAGUGCACAAGUCUGAAAAAUUCUGGCGUGAGAAUGCUGUCCGCCUCAACGAGAAGAAUUAUGAGCUGCUCAAGAUCUUAACCAGGCUCCUCGAAGUGUCUGACGAUCCUCAAGUCAUAGCAGUGGCGGCCCACGACGUUGGCGAGUACGUGCGGCACUACCCACGUGGCAAACGAGUGAUUGAGCAGCUGGGCGGGAAGCAGCUGGUGAUGAAUCACAUGCACCACGAGGACCAGCUCGUGCGCUACAACGCCCUGCUGGCCGUGCAGAAGCUCAUGGUCCACAACUGGGAGUACCUGGGCAGACAGCUGCAGUCCAGUGACCAGCAACAAGCCCCAGCUGUGGCGGCUCGAAGCUGA